UGAUUGGCGCUAAAAUUGAAGAUGGGAAAGUCGAAGGCUCUGAAAAAAUCUAUGGAAAACGAUCAGAAAGAAAAUGGGGUGCAAAUUUCCAGAAAAAGGAAGGCAUCUGGUCAGCUUCAACCACCCAGGACAAAGAUAAUGUGGUCCUUCAAUGACAACGAUACUGACCAUCUGUACAAAGAGCUUGGUGUAGGAGCUCUGUCAUCCGAGAGUAGCAGUAGUGAUGCUGAUAGUAUUACAGAACUAACUCCUACAGUGGUCAAAACAAAUGCCUCGCAAGUAGUUCCAGGGGCACCAAAGAUCCUACAGCCCAGUCAGUGUCUGAACACAUCAGGAUCAGAAAGGCAUGGCAGUCUCUCCCUUUAUGUGUCCUCGCCCGUCAACUACAGUCGGCAGAAAAGCAAAUGUGAUAUAAGCAUAUGUGAUACUCAAGGCAUAGAUUAUUUCGGUGGGCUUUCAGAUGAAAUUAUUCUUGCUGUUUUCCGUUGGUUGCCAAAAUUUACGCUUGCAAAAUGUUCCCGAGUUUGCCAUAGAUGGAAUCGCCUUGUAUCAGAUGACUCUCUGUGGAAGAGAGUAGACCUGUCUAACAAGACCAUAGCCAAAGGAACACUCGGCAACAUCCUGAACAGGGGCGUUCAACUCCUGCGUCUCACUAAAUCUGAGGUGGAAGGACCUUUAUUUUCUGGCUUCACAAGUAUAAUCAAGUCAACACGGUUGUCUAAAAUUCAGUACCUUGACCUGAGUAUGGCAUCAGUGCCCGUGUCUGUCCUAGAGGAGUUGUUUUCCGUGUGUCGUGAUUUGAAGAAGGUCAGCUUGGAACACUGCCAGCUCAGUGACGAAGUGUGCCAACAUAUUGGAGAGAACAAGAACCUCGAAGUCAUCAAUUUAGCCAUGUGCCAAGGAAUAACAUCCGCUGGUUUAAUGCCAAUCACUACAAACUGUCGCAGACUGGAGUCGUUAAACAUGGCGUGGUCUGGUCUACAACGACAUAGUGUGGUGUACCUGUCUCUCUGUUUGCCAUCUAGUCUUCGAAAACUCAACCUCAGCGGCCUGCGGGAAAACAUUACGGAUGAAGAGGUUCUUCAACUGGUGAAGACUUGUCCUGGCUUGAGAGAGCUUGACCUCAGUGACUGUACCAUACUUACCUGCUCAUCCAUAGACCAUAUUGCCAACCAUCUCAACAGACUGGAGUACCUAGCCCUGAGUCGUUGCUACAGAGUUCUGCCAAGUACCAUUCCAAAUCUGAAUCAGCUUGAUUCCAUGUUGGCUGUGGAUGUGUUUGGCAUGCUGCGAGAGGGAGCACUGCAACAGCUGCGGGAGGCCAUGUUCCGCAUAGAGAUUAACAAAUUCCCGUUCUCCAGCAUCGCACGACCUACGACUGGGAUCCGUCGCACCAGUAUAUGGGGACUGCGCGUUAGGGACAUUGUGAUAUAGGAAAUAUUGACAGAAUGUUUCACCGUUAGUUUAACCUGCUUUGUAUUUAUUGGAUUUAGCACAGUUAAUUCUUAUUAUUAGUUAAAACAAAUACUCGGACAUUUUGUGUAAGUACUAAUUUUGUGUCAAAUUAAAAUAAUGUGCUAAUUUUGGCUAACCUAUAUACUGUAAUUUAUGACAAUUGAUCAGGGUUUAUGAGGCAGCUCAUAGUAGUUUUAAGGAGGAGAACAAGUCCUCAAGUAUGUCAGAUGUAUCUUAAAAGAUAUAUAAACAUUUUAAAAUAUAUUCUAAAUAAAAAUAAUUAACAAUAUAGAAUGUUUUUCAGGGGUAUGGAGGUAUCGUAUUUUGUAGCAGAUUUUACUUUUUGGGAAAGAAUGCCACAUAUUUGUAUCUAAAAAAUAUAGUAUUGAGUAUCAUUCAAAAUUGAUUGAAUGCUUGACAGAAUAUGACUUUUUUUAACACAAAGUCUUGUAUGAUGGAAUUAGAUUAGAACACUCCAUACAGGGAAAUUCAUGCUGUAGUUUAAUUUUCGCCUUUUAAGCUCACAAUAAAGAGACUGGAUGAAUAUGAUGAAUGUUUGACUGGGUGAAAUUCUCCAGUAAACAGCAGUAGUGAGACUGCCUAAUGCUGAGAGAAGAAUAAUACAAAUUGUAAAAUAUACAGAUUACUGUAUAGUGCUAGUAUUUCACAAGUUUUACACUGUCUGUAUUAACAUCUAGAAACGUGGAACAUUUAGACAAUUUAAAAAAAAAAAAAAAUGUUGCCUAGCAGAGACUUAAUUAAACGAUUAAUUAGAGAAUUAAUGAUGUUGAGCAAAGUUGAAUUCAGCAAAUAUUUUCCAGUGACAUUACUUUGGAAGUUUCUUUCUCAUAAACAUAGAGAGUCUUACUGCCCUGUGUUGUAUCUCUGGUGAAGAAGAGUUCAAAUUUGUCCCCAUUUUUCUUAAAUUGAGUUGCUAAUUCCCCGGCCACUGUACAAGGAAUACCAUUCAGGGGAGUUAUCACUCGAAAUGUUUACUAGGGUUAGUUUUAAAACGUUCGAACUUACUUAAAAGGCCAGCAACCUUUGUCUUUGUAUGAAUAUACAGAAAAUCACAAAAACUUGACAAGGAAUGAACAUUUGAGAACCUGUAUGAAUUAUAAAAGUGGUGGAACUCUUUACCUUAAAGCGUUUUACAGUAUAAAGUUUGGUUGGAGAAAAGAAUGUAAUGAUUGUUUAAAUUUUAAUAAAAUGAAUUGUUUUGGUUUAAUUUCCAGGAUUGAUGGAAACAUGAAAUAAAGAAAGAAAAAAUGUCUUAUUUUUCUAGCUUAAAUCAUAUCCUGAUUAUCUUAGAAAACGCAAUAGAUUAAAGUUUUGAUUAAAUAUUUACCUUUGGGUAUAUAUGGGAUUUUUAAGCAAAGAUUUGGGCCUCUUAAAACAGUAAAGGGCAUUGUUUUUAUACUAUUUAAUGCCUUAUUAUGUCUUUCAAAAGAAACAUGUAAAUGAACUGGUUGAAAUUGUGUAACGUGGAAGGGAGAUAAAUCUUCCUGGUAUAUUGCACAUUUCGUUUUAACCCAAUGAUGCUACAUCUUUUUAAUAAUGUUUUUAUAUGGGAUCUAAAAUUAUCUGUUUUAGCAUAUCUUUUAAUGAAGUAUCCAUAAAGACAAUGUAACCGGUAGCAGCCGUUAAACUUUGUCAACAUCCUGAUAUCAAUGUUAAAUAUUACUUAUCUACAGCUCAGAUAAUUUUCUGUCAGACAAGUUAUUUUGUUUUCAUUCAGCUGUUUUAUGUUUUCCAAAUACAUUACUGAACAAAUGGCUUUACAAAAAGACUCAUCUGAUUAAUUAUUUUGCUGAUUUUUCUGAUUAUUUAGAGUACCAUCUUUUCAAAUCUGUGCAAUGUAGCAAGUAACCUUUUUAGUUUCAAAAACAUACCAUAAGGUUAAAUAAACCAUAUAUAUUAAAUGAUAUGUUGUAAAUUUUGUAGGGCCAAGUGAAUUUUGCAUAUUAAAGUUCUAUGCAAAUUAUGUGGGGUUUUUAAGUUAAAAAAAUGAUUUUAAUUAAAACAUUUUAGUUUUGGCUCUCUGUAGCUUUUUAUGGUUCUGAGGUAAUAUCAACUUGUCACAUCAAGUCAUUGUGGCCGACAACUUUUAUGACAAGUACAAAGGUUUUUCCACAUCGAUGACAUCUUCACCCUUGUCAGAUUCUAUUUUAACGUUUUAAAUUAUUUUUAGAAAAUUUUAACCCUUUUAUAGCCAGAUUUUUUAUGUGGCAAGACUUUGAAUAGGUCAUGCCAACUGACAUUGAUUUUGCCCAAGCCCAUGGAAAUUAAUUGGUUCCAUAUGAUGACUGUUGUAUCCUUUUUUGUGUGGCUUAAACUUUGCUUACCGUAUUUGAUAUAUUAAGUACUCCUGAUCCUAUAUGCUCCCUUCCCAUUGUACAAAAAAAACUGCAAGUAAAUAAACAUGUCAAAUUGCAAGAAAUUCCCUUUUUAUAUAACUUUAUAGAGCAUCUUUUCAGGUAUCCACCUGGGUUAAUUUACUAGGAAUAGUAGGAAAAGCUCUAUGAUCUUUACAAUUCUGAAAUUUUCCAAAUUUAGACCAUGCUUUAAAUUCUAUCAGGAAAAUAACUUGUUGCUAACUUAUUUUUAGAAGCAACUAGUUUUUAUUGGUAUGGUUACAUCUUUGGGUGAAGAUGUGUUGCCUACUAAAACCAGGUUUAAAUUUGCCUUUGUAUUCCACUUCACUGAACAUUGAACGAAGUUCAGAAUCAUCAAUUUCAUGUGUUGUUAAAUCUGGGGUAAAGGUGUGUUGAGCACUUUAACUAGGUCAUGGUGACCUGUAUUUUCUGCACAAUUCAGGAAAUUUCACUUUGAACAUUUCCUACACAGUUCAACACAAACCAUAAGUACGUCGUCAUCACUUGAUAUUUGCCCACCUAUUAUUCAAAGGCUAUUAAAAUACUGGCCAGGGUGCUUCAUACAUAAAAUACGGUAAACAUGAAAAGUUGCUAAUAAAGUAUUCAGAUUUAAUCAUAAUAUGUAGAUGUUGUGGUAAUACAAGUACUUUUGAUGUUUUAUAAUCCAGGUGUUGUAUUGUUUUAUCCUCUUGUUUAAUUAUACUUCAUCAGCAUUGUGAAAGCUCUGAUAAAAAAUGUACUGCAUUUUAAAAGGUUUUAAUUGAAAAAAGGCCUUAGUUUUGAGAUAAAUGUGUAUAGACUGCCGAAAUGAUUCUUUUUGACAUAAAAGCCAGGUUUGUUUUGUGUCCUAUCUUUUUUCUUUAAUAAUUACCUCAUUUUGUAUUUUAGAUAAUAGAAUAUUCAAUAUUUUUUAUCCUGAGAA